CCCUCUCAUCGUCUCUUUCUCUUAUUUUUCUGCAUUUUUUUUCUCCUCCCCGAUCCGAAAGCGCAAGUAAAAUCCCAAAGAUCGCGAUCUCAAAACUCUGCCAUACAGAUCUGAAAACCCAGAAAUUUCUACGAAAUAUUCAAAUUCUUCGUCUUCUUCUUUUCGUUUCUUUAAUCCGAUCGUAAUUUACCGUGCUAAUUUCCAGAUAUCUGGGAAAAAAAUAUAAAAAGAGGAAAAAUUAAACCCUAAGAAUUCAAUUUUGUGUAAGAAUACUUACUCUCUGGAAUUUGUUUUGGUGGUGGUAAAAUUUGGAUAAUUUUUUACAGCGAUUUAUGGUCGCUGGUGGAUUUGGGUGGAACAAUUUCGAGGAAACCCUAGAGGGUGGUGUGAUGGGGAAAGAUGAUGAAAGUGCGAAAGUGGUGGAGGAUGUAGAAGAAGGUGAAAUUUCCGAUUCGAAUUCAGUGGAGGAGAUCAGUGAGGAAGAUUUUGUCAAGCAGGAGAAGCAGCAGGAAGUUAAGGUGGUGGUUCCGCCGCCGCCGCCCAAGGAUCAAUCUAAAUCCAACGGCGGAGAUGAUGCCAGGGUUUGGACGAUGCGCGACAUGUACAACCACCCGGGACUUCGGGGGUACAGGUCCGGCUUGGUUAGCCUCGCUUGGGCUCAGGCCGUACAGAAUAAGCCGCUCAAUCAGAAGCCACUCAAUCAGUUUCUGCAGAUGAAUGUUGAUCCCGACGAGAAAUUGAAGCGAUCGUCAUCGUCGCCGUCGGUGAAUUCGCCUGAAAGGAGCAAUGCGAAGGAAGUGGAUGGAGUGGUGAUUGUUGACAGUGGCGAUGAAAUGGAUGCUGAGAAGGAGGAAGGGGAGUUGGAGGAGGGUGAGAUUGAUUUGGAUUCGGAGGCUUCUGCUGACGAAAAGGCCGCCGCGGGUGUGGCUGACGAAGCUGGAGAUGGUGUUUUGGAUUGUGAUAAUAUGAACCUUGAUAAUCCAGAGACAGGCUUGAAGAAUGAGGAGCUGGAGAAGCGAGUGAGCUUGAUUCGGAAAGCUUUGGCAAGUGUUACUAGAAAUGAAGCAGAGAAAUCAUUUGUGGAUGUUUGUCUCCAGUUACUCAACACUUUGGUGAGCUUGCGUGGGGUGCUUUCGGAAACUAAUGUUUCCACAAAGGAAGCUCUUGUUCAUCUGUCCUUCACUGCGGUACAAGCUAUCAGCUCUGUGUUCUGCUCCAUGAGACCAGUCCAAAAGGAACAGAACAAAGAUAUUAUAUCAAGGUUACUUUCUUCUGUGAAGAAUGAUCCUCCUCUUUUUACCCCUGAGCAGAUCAAAGAGAUAGGGGUCUUGACAUCCUUUGUGGAUUCCCCUGAUGUUUUUCUUCAAACUAAAGCAGGCAUUAAAGAUGAUGAGAUACAGGUUAUCGGGUUUAAUAAUAAGAAUUCUGACGCUUCAGCUGUAAAUGCGACUUCUUCAGCUAACUACAGCAAUCCAAUUAUGUUGUCCGAAGUUCCAAGACCAGGAGUGUCUAGUUUGAAGGGUAGACGGGUUGUGCUUCCCCUGUUAGACACUCACAAGGAUCAUGAUGCAGAUAGCCUUCCUUCCCCAACACGAGAAUCCCCAUCAUGUUUUCCUGUUCAGAACACAUUGGUUUUUACUGAUAGGAUGGUAAAACCAGAGCCUGAUACCUCUAGGGCGCCAAAUGCAGAAGGUUCUGGAUUGCAUCCUUAUGAUACUGAUGCCCUUAAAGCUGUAUCUACUUAUCAACAUAUUAACCGGAGCUCUUUUUUCAUGAGUGAAAGACUUCCAAGUCCAACCCCUUCAGAAGAUGGUGAUAAAGGGGAUGCUGAUACUGUGGGAGAGGUUUCUAGUUCUUCUUCUGCUAGUAAUUUGAGAACUUCAGGUCCUCCUAUUUUGGGACAGCAAGUUGUUUCUCCCUUCCCUAUCCCUGUGGGUAGCUCCAGCAUGCAAGAACGAUUUACAGGUAAAAGUGCUGCCCCUGCGAGUUCUGGGUCUAAAAUCACCAUAAAAGCUCCAACUAGGAAUAGAGAUCCUAGGCUUCGGUUUUCCAAUUCUGAUGUGGGUGUCUUGAAUCAUAACCCACAACCCUUGACGGUGCAUAGUGCACCUAAAAUAGAUUCGGUUAUAACAUUAAGCUCGAGAAAGCAAAAACCCCUUGAGGAUUCAAAAUUAGAUGGUCCUGCAUUAAAGAGGCAAAGGAAUACAUUGGGAAACUCGGGUUUUGUUAAAGAUCCAAAAACCGCUUCUGGAAGUUGUGGCUGGUUGGAGGACAUUGGUGGCGUUGGACCUCAUUUAAUUAGCAAUAAUCAGACAGUGGAGAACACACAGUCUGAUCCCAGAAAAGUGGUUAAUGUUGUAAGUAGUCCUAGUACUGUUGAUGGAAACUCAAAUGGCCCAAACAGUUCAAAUGAGCAUGUGUCAUUGACGGAUUUAAGCACGGCUUCCUUGCCUGCAUUAUUAAAGGCUGUGAAUCCAACCAUGCUGUUAAACAUACUUAAGCUGGGACAGCAGCAAAGGUUAGCUGCAGAAGCCCAGCCGAAGUCUGCUUAUCCUGAAAAAAGUAUGACACAUCCUAUAAGCUCAAAUUCAAUACCAGGGUCAGAUGCAUCAGUGAAUGUUCCUUCAAAGACCACAGCAAUGUUGCAGACACUUCCUGUUAGUUCACAAAAAGCUCUGAUGGAUGAGUCAGGGAAAGUCUGUAUGAAACCCCGCGACCCUCGCCGUAUUCUCCAUGGUAAUGCACUUCAAAAGAGUAGGAGUUUGGGACAAGAGCAGUUCAGAAAUAUUGUAACCCCACUGCCGAGCAGCCAGGGGAAUAAGGAUAAUCUUACUGGCGAAAAGCAAGAUGGUCAGUCAGAUAUGAAGCUAGUCACUUCUCAAUCAGUAGAGGCCCCUGACAUUGCUCGCCAAUUCACAAAGAAGAAUCUGAUAUGCCAUGCAAAUUUUUGGAAAAAAAUCUCAUUUUAUGGCUCAUCUGAAAGUGGAGAAUUCAUUGCAUUGCCUCAUCAGGCUAGUCAACUUUUUGAGUUGCAUCUUUACACAAUGGGGAACAAGCUAUAUGCUACGGAAAUGGCAAAAGUGCUAGAUCCAACAGGGGUACUUUUUGCUGGACGAGUCAUUUCUAGAGGUGACGAUGGAGAUUCUGAUGAUGGUGAUGCUCCCAAGAGUAAGGAUCUGGAAGGAGUUUUGGGUAUGGAAUCAGCUGUUGUGAUUAUAGAUGAUUCUGUGAGGGUCUGGCCGCAUAACAAACUGAACUUGAUAGUUGUGGAACGUUAUACGUACUUUCCUUGUAGCAGACGACAAUUUGGGCUUCUAGGUCCUUCUCUACUCGAGAUUGAUCAUGACGAGAGACAAGAAGAUGGGACUUUGGCAUCCUCAUUGUCGGUUAUUGAGAAGAUACAUCAGAUCUUUUUCUCCCAUCCCUCCCUAGAUGAAGCAGAUGUUAGAAAUAUUCUAGCCUCUGAGCAGCGGAAGAUUUUGAACGGUUGUCGUAUAGUAUUUAGCAGGGUGUUUCCAGUUGGUGAGGUCAAUCCUCACCUACAUCCGCUGUGGCAGACAGCUGAACAGUUUGGUGCUGUGUGUACCAACCAUAUAGAUGACCAGGUCACCCAUGUAGUUGCCAAUUCCCUUGGAACUGACAAGGUGAAUUGGGCUAUUUCUUUGGGAAAAUUUGUUGUCCAUCCUGGCUGGGUGGAAGCAUCAGCUUUGCUUUAUCGGAGGGCAAAUGAGCAGGAUUUUGCCAUUAAACCAUAAACAAUCACCACCCUAACCCUUCCGAUAACUAAAACUGAUUGACAUAGAAUCAAGAAUCGCAUUGGAGUCGGGAUGAAAACCUUAGAUUAUGCUGAGAGCAGCAAAACCCUAGACCUGACACUGCUUGGCCUCGUUUUGAUUCUGUGAUUCAUGCUUUCCACCCAUUAAUUGGCAGUUGCACCUCAAAUUGCCGAGGUUUCGCUUUCAUGGUCGGUUUCAUUGUGAGAAGAGGAAUGAGGUGGUAAACUCUUGCUCGAGCUUUGGUGGCUCAGUUCGGGCUUGGUAGUUCUGGUUGGGUGUUGAGGUGCCUCCCUGUCACAUUUUGUUCCCGAUUAAGUAAGAGAAGGUUGCCAGACGUGGUCACUUCGCGGACGAGGAUGGUAAAAGGCAAGUUUUCGAGACCCAAAACGUAAAAUAAGAGAUUGAAACCUAGUGAUGGACCAAUAUGGCUCUGCUAGGAGGUAGAUUUCGGAAACGGAUGGUGAGGGUAUGAAGGGAAAGGUGGUGGUUUGGGGUGGUGGGGAUACAAAACUCUAUCUGGGGUGCGAAAGAGCAAGUCUGGCAAAGGGAGAAAUUGGUCAGUCGAAGCAGCAUUUGGAUAUUUGGUAGUCAGCAGGUGGGAAAAAUGGUUGGGCUGGUUGUGAAGGUGCCUGAUUACAGUUAAUCCUUCACCCUAAUCACAGCUAACUAAUGAUUUAGCUAUUGAAUUUGCAUCGACACCUAAUUAACUUGGUUUUCAAAGAAAGAAAACAUCAAGAAUAAGCGACUAUACGGAUUUUCAUACACACGAAUUAUGUUGCAUAAGAUUUCAGCCUGGAUCGCUGUUUACUUUGUUUUAACAUGUAAAUCUCAUUUUCUAUCUCUCUCCUCACGUAACGUUUCUGAACCCUUACAUAUGAAAAUCCGCUAAACUUAAGGAGGACUACUUGAGUUUUCUUUAGGCAGGAAGGUCCUUCGGGAAUUCAGAGUUGCUUUUUAUGUUAGAGUGAUGCUGAUGCCUAAAAGCUUAUGAGGGUACUUCGAGUAGUAGUCAAGAAUUCAAUGAAAUUACCAUUUUUAGCACUCGCAGAACUUCUGCAUGGUUGUAAAGGGUAUGUGGACGUGAACUUUGCUUAUUUAGCAAAUAGCGAUGAUUGCCUAAACCUUACAGCAUCAUUAUUUGAGAAUGGUCCAAACUCCAUUUUUGACAA